AUGGCUACUCCGCUACAAUUCACAAACCUCCAAACUCUGAGAUCUUGUAGGUUGUGUAUUGUAUGUGCUAAAUCCACCGAGGCUAUUCAAAUCAAAGAUAACUUACACCUUCAUACGAAGAUAGCCGGUAGAGACGUUGCAGAUUUGCCGCCCGGUGCCAGAGGACAUGAUUUCUGGCUUGGCAAUUUUUCUCUCCAUGGAAAGAGCAACCUUUCGUAUUAUGUGAUGAGUCUGUCGCGUCAGGGAAUACAAUCUCGUGCAACCGAAGCAGCUGCUUUAUUCACUAUCUUGCGACCUGCUUAUUCUUUGCUUGUCGGUACUUGUGCUGCGUUAGGUGGUCAAGGAUAUAGUUGUGAAGACGUGAUAUUUGGUGAGAAGGCUCUGAACUAUGAGGAAGGUAACUGGAAGAUUGAGAACGGCGCAGCUGUGUUUUCAGCCGAUGCACAUAUCCUGAAGGUUGGUGGCGAAUGUAUAGAAGGCUUCGUUCAACAAGCGGAGAGAGAGGAUUGGAAAUAUGGCGACUUCAUAUCGGGUUGCGCAGUGCGAAUGGAUGCUGCACACAUUUUGGAUCGAGUUAGAAAGACACAGCUUCGUAAUGUUGGAGCGCUGGAGAUGGAAGCUAGUGGCGUUGAGGCCUUAGGAAUUAUUAAAGGGGUAUCCGAUAUGGGGGAUGAGCGCAAAGGCCUAGGCCAUUGGGCGCACUAUAAACCUGCUGUACGAAAUGCCACUGAAGCAACUAAGUCGUUCGUAAAGUGGAAGCUCCAGACAACCAUAGACGAAAAGCCGGACAUAAGUUCCGAACCUGGAGUUAUCCUUGCAAUGGGCUAUGUCGAAAAUUACAUCUUGAAAGUCGUCCAGAAAUUGCUCGAAAGAAACAAGAUUGAUGCAGGGGACGGUUGGGAUCAAGGGAAUCCGAAUUAUCAUCCGAAGGCAAACAAAGCGGUAUACUUUGACGACUCUAGAUUUACAGUAGAAGCGAUAUAUAAGGAGCACCAAAUGCUCGAAGUCAGCUUGCCUGGAGGUUCACGAUCAAUUUUCGUACGUGUAAAGGGUAAUUACGUCUUUGACUUACCCACAACUCUGGGCAGCAGUCUUUCAAACCAUCCGAACCAGGUUGGACAAGUAGAGUACUUCAUAGAUAUCCUAAAGAGAAGGAUUGAAUCGCACGAAAAUUUUAUUGAGGUUAUCGAUUGGGAUUCAUUUAUUGCUCUUUCCGAGGAGCUUAAUGGUUAA